CGAAGUAAACAGUAAAAAAGUACAGAUAUGUGCAUAACUGUAGAUCGGCUAGCUGCACUGGCAGCAACUCUAUUACUGUGUACAUCUGAGAUCUUCGCUGACCAGUGUCGAUGCCUGCCUGGAAACAGCUGUUGGCCGACGCAGGCGGAUUGGGACCGGCUUAACGCGACGCUGUAUGGCCAGCUCAUCAUUCCCCGACCCACCGGUUAUCCGUGCUACGCUGGACCCAGUUUCGAUGCCGCUGCUUGCCAAACCGUUCAGCAGAACUUCACCAACACAUUCUUCGUGGUGAACAACCCCGGCAGCACACAAGCCACCAACUGGGAGGAGGCGGGCGAUAUGCGUUGCGCCUUCCAAGAAGCCGCCGUCCCCAACGCCGUCUGUCAGGUCGGGCGUGUGUCCUCCUACGGGGUGGCAGCCACGUCAAUCGCCGACAUCCAGAACGCCAUUGCUUUCGCCCAUCAGUACAAUUUGCGCGUGGUCAUCAAAUCUACCGGGCACGAUUACUUAGGCAGGAGCUCCGCACCCGGGUCUUUAUUAAUCUGGAUGCAUAAACUCGCGAACAUUGAGACGAAGACGAGCUUCACUCCAUCCGGAUGCGAUGGCGGUCAGGCGUCCAACGGACCGGUGGUGACGGUGACCGGCGGAAAAGUGUGGAAGGACGUCAUCAAAAAGGUAGAAGACGAUUUUAAUAACGGCUACAUCGUGGUGGCCGGUUUCUGCAACACGGUUGGCGCAGCCGGCGGUUACGUUCUCAACGGCGGCCACGGGAUUCUCUCUCCCUCCUUCGGUCUGGCCGCCGAUAGCGCCCUCGAAUUCCAGAUCGUCACCGUCGACGGGGAGAUACUCACGGCCAACGCCUGCCAGAACAAGGACCUCUUUUGGGCGUUGCGCGGAGGCGGUGGGGGGACCUUUGGGGUCAUGAUUUCUGUGACGUACAAACUGCAUAAGAUCGACGCCGGUUAUACGUCGUAUUCGGCGUUCAUCACCAGAACGAACGGAUCUGGAGCACUCAACGCCACCCAGAUGGAGAAUAUCCUGGAAGUUUUGGCGCGGAGGUCCGCGGAACUGGAUGAAGCCGGUUGGGGUGGAUACUUUUAUUUCCAGCCGGCGUUCGGGAUCGGAUGGGCGUUUUUAAUCCCAGCUGAUCGGCCGAACGCGCUUCCGGCCAUGGAAGGAUUUAAAAAUGAAAUUGCCGGGAUGGGAGCGCAGGGCGUGGCCAUUACGCCGUUUCCCGGGAGGAACUUCUCGCAGCAUCACAACAGUUUUCAGGAUUGGCGAGGUUGGAUGGAUACCACCGCUGUCACCCAAGUCCACAACUCCGGCGGGCGCUUCCUCCCGGGUUCCCGCCUUAUCCCACAAUCGGCUUUCGCGAACCCGCGGGUGGUUGCCCAGACGGUCGUCGCUGCCAUGAAUGCCAACGGUUUCUCCUUCGGCGUCCUCGGUCACCUGGUAUCAGGGAAGGGCGUCCGGGAGACUCCUGAAGCCAACAAUACUUCGUACACACCAGCCUGGCGGAAAUCCGUCUGGCUGCCGGUGAUCUUCACCGCCUGGGAUUUUAACGCUACGAACGAGGAAAUUGCCGCCGGGAAAUCGCGGCUGAAUGCCGGGUUGCAAGUACUACGGGACGCUUUUCCGGAUUCCGGGACGUAUGGGAAUGAAGGGUACAGUGAGGAGCCGAAUUGGCAGCAGACAUUUUGGGGAGCGAAUUACGACCGUUUGCUGAGUAUUAAGAAAAGCAUGGAUCCUGGUGGGUUUUUCGUGUGUAAUAGGUGCGUAGGCAGUGAACUGUGGGAUACAUCGGGAAACUGUCCACUGUCAAUGUAUCCUUACUAACUGCCGUUUCUUUAUUUAAGGCUGUAUUUAUUAUGUAUUGUGUGCGCCCUGAGAAUGUUGUAUGACCUGAACUCAAGUCUGCCGCAGCACAUAAAAAUCCAGCAAGUAUUGUUAAAAUUUUGUAAGAAUGGUUACGAAAGUUCUCGCAGACCGAUGCCUCCAUGCCGCUGUAGUUGUCCAUAGAAUUCUUUCUGGAUGUCUAAUAAAUUAUGCAGUUUGUAUUUCUGUU